UACGGCUGUGUGACAGUCGACACACGGCGGCGUUCCACACGGGCAGACACUACCUACGUACGCUACGAAACAGAAUCAGCAACGAUGUCUUCGUCUUCUUCCUAUACAAAGCCUCAGCUGGAUUCAAUAGCUGUAGAGAAUUUUCGUGAAUACUUACGAAUACCUUCCGUCCAACCGAACGUCAACUACGAUGAAUGCGUCGCCUUUCUUCAGAAGCUGGCAAAGUCUCUCGAAUUGCCUGUUAAAAUACACCACUGUCACGCGGAUAAACCAAUCGUGAUUCUCACAUGGACAGGAAAAGAUCCUUCGAAACCUACUAUUCUGUUGAACAGCCAUAUGGACGUUGUACCUGUCUUCGAAGAUCAAUGGACUCAACCGCCCUUCAGCGCUUAUACGGAUGACCAUGGAAAUAUUUACGGCCGCGGCGCUCAGGACAUGAAAUGCGUUGGAAUUCAAUAUUUAGAAGCGAUACGCCGUAUGAAACUCAACGGGCAGAGUUGUGAGAGAACAAUUCAUGUAUUGUUUGUACCAGACGAAGAAAUAGGAGGAAUUCUCGGCAUGAAAGAGUUCGUGCACACCAAAGAGUUCAAAGAUUUGAACGUCGGCUUCGCGAUGGACGAAGGUGUUGCCUCUCCCGACGAAACUUUCUUCUUGUUCUAUAAUGAGAGAAGCAUUUGGCAAGUUAACAUAGAGUGUACCGGCACUCCCGGCCAUGGAUCAUUGUUGGCGGACAACACGGCUGGCGAGAAGAUGAGGAUCGUGAUCGACCGUUUCAUGGACUACAGAGCCAACGAGAAAGCGAAGAUGAAGGGUAACAGCGUGAUAGAGCUCGGCGAUGUUACGACCAUAAACUUGAUGAUGUUAUCGGGUGGUAUUCAAGCAAACGUACUGCCCACUUCGCUGAAGGCGGUUUUCGACGUUCGUCUCGAUAUUUCCGUCGAGCACGCUGAUUUCGCAGCGUUGAUCAAGAAAUGGUGCGAAGAGGCUGGCCCCGGCGUUAAAUUCACAUUCAAACAGAGGAAUGCUAAAGUUGAAAGCACGAAGCUGGACGAUUCGAAUCCUUACUGGGUUGCUUUAAAAAAAGCGUACGAAGAACUUGGCCUGAAAGUGCGAACGGGAAUAUUCCCAGGCGCGACGGACAGUCGAUACAUACGACGAGUCGGUAUUCCCGCAAUUUGCUUCUCGCCGAUGAAUAAAACGAAAAUCCUCCUUCACGAUCACGAUGAAUAUUUGAACAAAGAUAUAUUCUUGAAGGGCGUAGAGAUAUACAUGAAAAUACUAGCGUCAGUGGGAAAUAUUUAAUUUCAAAGACUUUUAAAAGCCACGAGAGUUACUCGACAGUAGCUGCAUGUAUAGUCUACAUUCCUUGCAAAGUCGAAAGCAGAGGAAACGAUCUAAGUGCCAUAUUUUAUUUUUAGUUCGUAUAAUAUAUAAUAUUUUGAAAGUUAUUUACUUCAGAGUUUAGCAGUGUUGAAAGGUGUUUAAAGUUUUAUAUAUAAAUUUUGUACAGUAAUAUAUUUGAAGCUUGUUAAACGAUUGGGUAAACGAGAUAUGGAAUUGUUGUCAUGUACCAAGGAGGCGAGACCUCGAAUAUUUGUAAAGAACUUGGUUGAAGAAUGAGAUUAUGUUUCAGUUUA